CCUUUUUUUCAACAAGAAAAUAAAAAGAACUCAUCAUCCAGCAACUUGCUCUUCUACCCCAAAACACCUUUUCUGAGAUUACGCUUGUUGAUUAUAAAAAGACGCGCCCGGCGCCACUUUAUGCAAAAGAUUUCCAAAUCCCACACCCGAUUGCUGCUAGACCCCUGAAAAUUUAUCAGCACCAACAAGAUACCUGGAAAAAAUCGCUUUCCUGCUGAAGUAUUCUGACUAUUUGAAUUGAAAAGAUUAAUUUGGCUCUAAUAACCGACUCAACUAUCUAUUUUUAGGUCUUCAUUCGAGCAGGAAGACGCUUGUGAAGUUUACCCCAGGGUUAGCUGAGGGUUAGGGUUAGGAAAUGGCAGCCCCCAUUGUCUACGAAGGGGCCCUCGCCCCUAAAGAACGCCUUUAUAAUGGCCUGUUUAAGAAUAUGAAAUUCUGGGUAGCGCAGCGCGUCCCAAUGAGACUUACCUGGAUUCAAAAGAUUCAAGAUAACGGCGGCAAAGUAGUUCCACUUGAGAAGGACGCAGAUCUUCUGAUCGCAGAUCAUUUGAAGAAGAAUAGUCCACCCGGAUCAUAUUCUUAUGAAUGGAUCGAGGAUUCCAUAAAAGCCGGCGUUCUUCAGACUCGUGAGGACUAUAUCUGUGCACCAGCAGGUCAGACCCAACCUACCAGUUCAGCCGCACCACGGAAGGGUACAAGGGCGGCUUUUACGGCCGAAGAUGACAAGAUCCUUAUAAGAUGGGUCAUGAAGAAGGAGCGAGAAGGCGAGGCUUUAAGUGGAUAUGAGAUAUACAAAGAACUUGAAGCUAAGCACCCAAACCACACAUACCAAUCUUGGCAGGCCCGCUGGGUCAAGAAAUUACAACAUCUUCCUCGACCUGAAUUGUCUGACGAAGAGCUGCCAUCUCCCCCAAUCAAGCAAACAGCCAGAGACGAUGCACGUCCAUCUCCAUCUGUACCAAAAUCACCAGCUACUCGAAAAGUGGGGCCAAUAUCCACUCAAAGUCCUACACCUCGGACGCGCGUAAAAUUUACCCAAGAGGAUGACAAUAUACUGGUCGAAUAUAUGCAGCAAUGCAUAAGCCACAAUAAAGCAGACCGGGGACGCAAGAUUUUCCGUGAUCUCGCUAAUGAUUUCCCACAACAUACGGAGCAGUCCUGGAGGGACCACUGGAUAAAACAACUUGCACCAAAAUACGAAGACCAGAUCGCUCAUUGGAAAUCUAGAACUACCAGAGAGGAAACACCGGAAAUUCAAAAAUCCUCCCCAGCGCAGAAAUCCACAAAUAGCCAUACAAUUACACCUCAGAAGUCGUAUACAAGGAGCAAAGGACCAGCCCAAUCUAUAUCCAGGGGUGAUGAUGAGGCUGAGAAUGAAGAUGAAGGUUUGGAGCGCCAUUCCUCCUCUGAAGUCCAGGCGGGACCUGAAGCUCCAACUUACGAUCCGUCAGAUGCGUCUAGUGGCAUGGACCAAUCAUUUGAUGGUGAACUCAAUACGAAGGAGCUAUUCCGCCACUUUUAUGAAAAGUUUAUGGAAGAUGACGAAAACCGUUUACCGAUUCCAUUUCUUACCGUAAAAGGAAUCACAUUCGAGCCAUGGAACUUAUGGGAAGCCGUUGCUUCUCAAAAGAUGGAGCCAGAAGAGCGUGAUUGGCAACAAAUUGCUGAAAAGCUUGGUUUUGAUUGGGUUCAGCAUGAGACUGUUCACGAUGAGCUCCGAGAAUGCUAUGAUAAGCAUCUGUCCCUGUUCGAGGAAUUCUGGAAGAAUUUCGUGAAGGAGGGAGAAGAGGAAGAAGAGGAGGAGGGAAGUGAAGCUCCAGAAGAACCCUUGCCUUCGUCACCGCCGGUAAUUUCCUCUCUCAAGCGAUCGUUAGAAACUCACCACUUUUCUCCUGACCAUACAUAUCCACAUUCCUCACCCAAGCGACGAAGGCUCAAUAAAGAUGUAGAAGUUCCAUCGACUCCUGAUCAUGUUAACGGAACAUCUAGUCUACGCCACCGAGCUGAUAUUGAAACGACCCCUACAGUUCGCCAAUCAACCCAACAAUUCGCAGAAGAUGGGGAUGAAAGGAGCGAAUUACAAGAUACAGUUAACGAACUACCUGAAAUACGGCGUGGACGAAAAACGGUUAUGGAGCCGGAGACGCAAGAUUUUAGAUUUGAUCCAGAAACCCAGAACAUCGCAUUCGAGACGCAAGCCAAUGUCGAAAUAGAGUCGCAGUUUAGCAUCACGCCAUCACAACAGUUGCGUCAAGAAUCCGACGCUCUAUCACCAGAUAUCGCAAACGCAUCUCCUACGCCCAAAGCCAGGAACAAAAACGCCACCCAAGCAACUCCUACUCCAAGGAGAUUGGUUCGAAAUCCCUUCCAAGAGGACUCUGAAGGAGAGACGUCGGUACCUGCGACUGACAGUCAUAUAAAUCAGACGACUGCAAGUGCAGCUACUGCUAGAAAAGCAAAACGUCGAUCUCUACCAGUGUCAUUUUCUCACAAGUCACCUCCUAUUACUGGUCCUACUUCGGUAUGUCCUGAAACACAAGCCCAGUCGCGUUCUCCGGAAUCACCGCGGCCAGUACAUCGCUCAAUCCCUAUAAAAGAAACACCCGAUGAAGUUAUUGAUCGUUUCUGUUCGCUUGGUUACCCGGCGAAUAUAGUAGUCUUAGCAUUGCGCGCUACAACUUGGCGUCUGGGUGACGCUGGUCAGGUCAUGGAGAUACUGAAACGAGGAGAAGAGUUACCGCAGAGGACUCACGGGGUAUGGACGCAACGUGACGACGAUGCCUUGAAGUUAGUUACUUCGGACGAGCCGCCAAAAGAUGAGAAGGAGGAAAAGAAACGUGCUAGGGCGAAAAAACGACUCGAAGCGAAGCAUGGUCCAGAGUUAAUGGAACUUCGAUGUACGUACCUAGGGGGUAUUGCAUGAGGCCGUUGCAAACAUGUAUAGUGUAGAGAAGAUGGGUUUUAGCAUCGUUGAUUGCUAUAGUACCCAGUAAGUACUAAUGUAUGCCCUAUCAAAAUCACUAUCCUGCUCAUUCUUACUGUGAGUCGCACAACUUAAUGAAAUACC